AUGUCUAUUAAAACAAGUCAUCCACAAAUUAUUUUAUAUUGGAUGGAACUGAUUCUUGGUAUAAUCUGCAUUGCAUUAGCUGGUAAAGGUUAUAAUGAAUUAGGAUUACAAUAUUUAAUUGGAAUUGGAACAUUUUCAUCCAUUGGUAAUAUUGUAUUUUUAUUAUUGUAUGGGUUUGCUACAACAAGACCAUUGGAUGGUUGGUCUAUAAUUAAAUUAAUUGAAACAAUUUAUCAAUUUACUGUAACAUUACUUUAUUGUAUUGCAAUUGGUGUAACAUUUAAUCAAAUAGAUUAUUUACAAUAUUUUAUUGGACCAAUUACAAUAUUCACAUCAGCAAAUUUUGGUGCCUUUACAUUUGGUAGUAUGGUUGCAUUAACUGAAUUAAUAUGUAAACAUCCAGAUAUCAAUACUACUGAUAAUCCUACUACUAAUAAUAAUACUAUAAACACACCAGUUAAUACAAAUUUGAAUUCAACUCCCAUUCAACCAGUUAAUCAAGUGAAUCCAAAUAAAUAA